GUGGCAAGUGCGACCAGGAGUGGGCGAGGCCCGGCUUCAAGCGCGAAAGAUGGCCGAGGCGAGUGCUGUAGUGGCUCUUGGCUCACCCGGCGACUUCUGCGAAGACGCGGAUGACAGCCCUGUGUUUAAGGCGGCCUUGGAGGUGUUCGGGAAGCUAAAGGACCUAAACUGCCCCUUGCUGGAGGGUUUGUAUGUCGCAGAACCAAACACGAUCCAUGAGCUGCUGUGUACACCCUCAAAGUACCGCUUGGAGAUCCUGGAGUGGAUGUACAUACGGGUCUGUCCCUCCAUGCAGGACAAAUUCAGCGCACUGAAGGGGGCACCGGUGCAGGCAAAGAUCCAAGAGAUGGUGAAACUAGGCCAUGAGCUGAUGCUGUGUGCGCCCGAUGACCAGGAGCUGCUUAAGGGUUAUGCCAGUGCCCAGAAGCAGCUGCAGUUCAUGGGCCAGAUGCUUGAUGCUGUGCAGAGCCUGGCCAUUGGAUAUUCCAGUUAUCCCAGUGUGAAGGAGCACCUUGAGGACACUGCCGAGAAGAAUGAAAAGUUGCUGGAGGAGCUCUGUGGCACGGAUCUGGAGAUGCUUCUGAACCCCGAAGCGGAGCCAUGGCCCUUGGACAUGCAGCCUGUCCUCGAGGAUCAGAGUGAUGAAUGUGAAGGGCCCAGCCCCUUGUCCCAGUGGGAGCAGGAGAAGGUGGUGGAACUGGCCAGGCAGCUGCAGGAGGGCGCAGCCAGGCUGUGGGCCCUCAGGGCCGAGAGCUUGGAGAAGCAGAAGGCUGGGGAGGCUGCAGGUGGCGCUGACACCAGCAUGCUGGAGCAGAAGCUGCGUCUGGUCAUCUCUGACUUCCACCAGCUGGUCCUGGCCUUCAUCCAGGUCUAUGACGACGAGCUAGGGGAGUGCUGCCAGCGCCUAGCCCCUGACCUCCACCCGUGUGGCCCCAUCAUCCAAGCUGUGCACCAGACUCUCACUUCUUGCAAUCAACUGUUGCAAGCAGUCGUGGAGGUCACGGACGCCUCUGCACAGGCCACGGAUGCGGUGGAGAGGCAGGAGAACGAGCCUAUCUAUUGGGACAGCAGCAGCUCCGUGAUGAGCCUAGAUGAGGCAACUGAAAUCCAGGGAGAUGGGAUGACUUGCACAAUACCAAGUUAAUGAAGAGUUACUCUUUUUUUUUUUUUCCAAAUCCAUCUUAUUUCAAAGAGGGAAAAAAUAAAAUAAGACAAAAUUUCAGAACACGUCCGUCUGGGGCAACAAUGGUACAUACACUGCGCAUUGUCAUCCCCAAAUCUUUCACCCAGAGCACAGGAGCUCUGCAUUCAGUUGUCCGAACAGUACCGGCGCAGAUCUUCCUCUUCAGUGAACUCCGAGAAAUCAGUAGUGUGACUACCGUAGCUAGCUUUUCAUUACACACACAUACACGUGCACGUAUACAUGUUGUUUCUUUCAGCUUCUCACACUAGGGAGACAGUACGAUGUUUACGUGUACUCUUGACUCCUAGUCCAAUGCGUGUUUUGCAAAAAACUGACUCUCGGGUUCCUGGGAAAGCAGACAAAGCACCGCAGAGGCGCUACCCUUAGAAGCAAGCUGGGCCAGUGUGAGGCUGCAGACCAAGAUGAGAAACAGCAGCUCACCCCGCUAGAUGUCCACCAUGCCACGUUUGUGUUCCUCAAAGCUGAAGAACGAAUUUUAUGGAAUAACAGAGGUUAAGAGUGGGGAAGAUUCUUGGGAAAAGGAAUAGGGAGUGGGAAUAGCUCCUGAGGUAACUGUAGGGGUCCCGAAUGGGUUGCCCUCCUUUGGUUUCAUGAGACAGGGUCUCGCUGUGUAGUCCAGCCUGAUCUUGAACUGGCUUUGUAGCCCAGGUGGGCCUGGAACUUGCAGCAGUCCUCCUGCCUCAGCCUCCUGAGUGCUGGAAUGACAGGCUUGCGCCACCAUGCCUGGCCAGAGGAGGCCUUCAACUGGAAUUCCUGUGAGGCUUUGCAAGUGUUUUCUUAGUCCCUGGUUUUCGUCCUUGUGGGGAGUGGUGCCUGCACAUGACACAUCUUCGUUCUUUCUGUGUCCCUUCCCCUCCCUUCCUCUCGGUCACCUUCACUUUUGCAAAACAUCUGUCUCCUUGUUUUCUAUUACGUAUCUUUUCUUUUGCUUUUUUUUGUCUUUCUGAGCCAGGGUCUCACUGCAGUUCAGGCUGGCCUUGAGCUCACUUUGUAGCCCAGGCUGGUCUCAAAACUCCAGUGAUUCGCCUGCCUCAGCCUCCCGAGUGCUGGGGUUACAGGCUUGUAUCUUUAUUUUACUUUAGAGGGUUUAUACUAUGUGUUUCCCCUUUAAGAGAAGCUGUGUGAUAUUUAACAUUGCAGUCUCAGGUGCACCCAUUUUCCUGCACAUGACACAGACGGGUCCUUCUUGGUGGCAGUGUAGUGAGUAAUGCCAGUUUUUCGGUCUCUUCGUCAGUCAAUGGACAUGUAGCUGCUUCGCAUACUGACCUUGGAGAAAUGGUUAGAAUGUUAGUCCCUGUCUUUGCUGACACAUGGCUGCUGUGAAGUAGACAGGAAUGGGAGGUGGGAGCCCAGCGCUUGGGAGGCUGGGGUGCUGGGAGCAGUGGGGCGCCGGUCUCUGUAGGGCGUGGUCUGGCAGGUGUUCAGGGAGGGAACCCUCGUUUGCUCUUUUGUGAAGAAGGUGAUGCACACAGAUGCCUUCCUGGCCUCAGAGGGUCCAGACCUGCCCUCUGCAGCUCCUCUCCAAACUCCCUGGAAGGGGACCCCAGGAAAUGGCUCUUGUCACAACUGUGAAGACAGAGGACCUGGAUACAUGACUUGGGACAUUCAGAUACAAACCAUGUGAGCCCACUUGGUGCACCGUCCACCUUCACGCAGACAGCCAGGAAAACCCAGGAAAGCAAACCGAGGUGGCUGAUCUCUUAAGAGCAGAGAGCCAGCAGGUGGGAGCAGGAGCCGAGUGCUGAGUGGUGCGCACAGUCCCAGGGGCCGAGAGAAGAGCCCAGUUUGGGUUUGCAUCGGAGCCUGCAGGAUGCUGGCAUGGACCCAGCCCACUGCCACGGGAGUGUCAGGGCUGGCAUCGGGGGCCGGAGCUUGGAGAGAAGAAGCCGUGCUCAGUGUCAGGAGAUGCCCCUUGGGAAUGCAGAGGCUGGGAGGCUGGGUUCUGUGGGCCUGGACACCCCACAUUGCAGGGAGCCCCUUGGGAUUUGGUAAAGGGAAGCACCAUCUGCAGAGAGAUGUCCCCUCUCUGGGCACUGCUGCAAUGUUGAUGUAAGGGCUGGUCCCCAGGGCACAGUUGAAGGGCCUGUCUCUGAGAUCAGAGCCACCUACUCAGGCCUCACCCUGAGGCACAUCCCAUGAGCCCCGAGCUCCAUGGCCACCCUCGUGCUCAGCAGAGCUGCUGGUGCAGCUCAGGUCAGUGGUCAUGUCCUUGCCUUGUGAAAGGCAGCAUGUUGCUGAGCCUGGGGCUGGAGGAGGGGAGGGACAGGAUAAGCAAGGAUGAGCCAGGAGGGCAGCGGAAGAAACAGGUGUGAUGGAAGUCAGGGACCUCAGGGCUGUCCCGUGGCAUUGGGGAUGGUACCGUGUGAUUCAGAUACAACUCACUGUCAAAGUCAGGCCAACUCCCGGCUCAUGGAGUGGCAGGCGGGGUUGAUGGGAACAGCAUGGCCUGGCCUGGGCUUUGAUACUGUGUUGUGGUCCAUGUGAUGUGGCCUGAGAUGUGCAGGCCUUCUUGGCAGCUCUGUGAGGGUCACAGUGGACAUUGGGCCAUGUUGGGCCCUCUGUGUCAUCCCCAGAGGGACCCGGCAUGAUACCCCACUUCUUCCUGCCUGGAGGCCCUUACCUCACUUGGCUUUUGUGUUUUUCUUUCCUUUGCAGCCACCAAAAUAGAAGAACUAACACAGAAA